AACCUGAAUGAUCGCAGGCUAAGAAGAGCGACAGACUGCACGCUGGCUGACAUGGGCCGAUCAUUGCACAUUAUUGUCCUGGCGCUGGCCGUGGUGGCCUACGGCCUGCUCAAGGCGGCCCCCGGAGCCUUCCGCCAAGACCCGGAGGAUGCCGCGGUGCAGCAGCUGCAGCUGGAACUGGACGCGGAGGUGGAGCGCGGGGCGGUGGGCCGCCUGGCCACCGCCCUCUCCUUUGCCACGCUGGCCAACAGCUCUGCGCCCAACCACAUCGGCAACCCUGCGCCAUUCCAGCAGCUGCACGACUUUCUGGAGCGCUCCUUCCCCUUGGUGUACGAGAGACUGAAGCAUGAGCGGGUCAGCGAGUAUUCCAUUCUGUUCACCUGGCAGGGGAGCAACCCGGAGCUGCGCCCAGUCCUGGCCAUGAGCCACAUGGACGUGGUGCCGGCGCCAGAGGGCCCCGGAUACAACUGGACCCACCCGCCCUUCUCUGGGACAGUGGCCGACGGGUACAUCUGGGGCCGCGGCGCGCUGGAUGUCAAGGUCACGGUGCUGCAGCAGCUGGAGGCGGUGGCGGCGCUGCUGCGCCAGGGCUACGCCCCGCAGCGCACCAUCCUGCUGGCGUUUGGGCACGAUGAGGAGGUCGGCGGGGGGUCAGGCGCGGGUGCCAUGGCGGCGCUGCUGGCCUCGCGGGGUGUGGAGCUGGAGCUGGUGCUGGAUGAGGGCGGCAUCGUCCUCAUGGAUGGCGUGUCUGGCCCCAACUUCAAGCUGGUGGAGAGGCCCGUGGCGCUGAUCGGGACUGCGGAGAAAGGGAUCGAGGACUGGGAGAUCCGGGUGGCGGGCGUGGGCGGGCACAGCAGCAUGCCCCCCACAGAUGGCUCCUCAGUCGCUGCCCGCAUCAGCCGCGUCCUGGCAGCCAUGGACGCCUACCCCACCCCCACCAAGCUCGGCGCGCCCGUCACAGACUGGCUGCAAGCGCUGGCGCCAGCCGUCAAGCUGGCGCCGCUGCGGAUGCUGCUGCAAAACGCAAACAAUUGGAUCGUCAACCCUGUGCUGGGGCAGCUGCUGGGGCAAGCCGGCAAGGAGAUCAACCCCUUUGUGCGGACUACCUGUGGAGUGGUCCAGAUCGAGGCGGGCGGCAUAGCCCACAACGUGCUGCCCAGGAGCGGCAGCAUUAAGGUCAACUGCCGGCUGCUGCCAGGCCACGACUCCUCCUUCGUACAGGAGUAUCUGGAGAUGGUGACACGCAAGGAGGCGGCGCACGUCACGCUGCACAAGCUGCCCCUGGGCAGCGUGCCUGCGUCGCACGUGGCGGCGUCCAGCGGGCCGCACUGGCAGCUGAUCAAGCAAGCCAUCCUGGAGACGCUGCAGCCGCCGGGGGGCCUGCAGGUGGCGCCCUACCUUGUCUCGGGCAUGACCGACAGCCGGCACUACAGCUCACUGGCGGGCGGCCGCGUGUACCGCUUCUGCCCCCACCGCUACACUCGCGCAGACAUUGGGCGGGUGCACGGCGUGGAUGAGCGCAUCGCGGCGGAAGACUUCCUUCGCGGCAUCGGCUACUACCGCCGCAUCCUGCAGCUGGCCAGCGCCGACGAGAGCAGCACAGAGGCGGGGCCGGAGGGUGCGGCAGCCACGGCAUGA